UCAGAGGCAAGACCUGACUUGGGAAACAAUUCAAGGGGACUCAUCUGAGAUCCUUCUUAAUCUUUAAGGAGCAGAGAUCUUAUCACUGAAACAAAGAUGUCAGCCAAGGGAAUAUCUAUAGGCAUUGAUCUGGGCACCACCUAUUCUUGUGUGGGUGUUUUCCAACAUGGCAAAGUGGAGAUCAUUGCCAAUGACCAGGGCAACAGGACCACUCCCAGCUAUGUGGCCUUUACUGACACAGAGAGGCUCAUUGGAGAUGCUGCUAAGAACCAAGUGGCCAUGAACCCCACCAACACAAUCUUUGAUGCCAAACGGCUGAUUGGCAGAAAGUUCAAUGAUCCUAUUGUGCAGUCUGACAUGAAGCUCUGGCCAUUCAAGGUGAUCAGUGACAAUGGAAGACCUAAGGUCCAGGUGGAGUAUAAGGGAGAGAUCAAGGCCUUCUACCCUGAGGAAAUUUCCUCUAUGGUGCUGGUGAAAAUGAAGGAGAUAGCUGAAGCCUACCUGGGACAGAGGGUGUCAAAUGCAGUCAUCACAGUUCCAGCUUAUUUCAAUGACUCUCAGAGGCAAGCCACCAAGGAUGCUGGGGUGAUUUCUGGCCUGAAUGUUUUAAGGAUCAUUAAUGAGCCCACAGCAGCAGCCAUUGCCUACGGCCUGGAUAAAGGCAAAAAAGGAGAGCGCAAUGUGCUGAUCUUCGAUCUUGGUGGGGGCACCUUUGAUGUGUCCAUCCUGACUAUUGAGGAUGGCAUCUUUGAGGUGAAAGCCACUGCAGGAGACACACACCUUGGCGGGGAGGACUUUGACAACCGCAUGGUCAACCACUUUGUAGAAGAAUUUAAAAGAAAACACAAGAAGGACAUCAGCCAAAAUAAGAGAGCAGUGAGGAGACUGCGCACAGCUUGUGAGAGAGCCAAGAGGACCCUGUCAUCCAGCUCACAGGCCAGCAUUGAGAUUGACUCUCUGUUUGAGGGCAUUGAUUUCUAUACCUCCAUUACAAGAGCUCGCUUUGAGGAGCUCAACUCAGAGCUAUUUAGGGGCACACUAGAGCCAGUUGAGAAAGCCCUGCGAGAUGCAAAGCUGGACAAGGCACAGGUCCAUGAUAUUGUCCUGGUUGGUGGGUCCACAAGAAUCCCAAAAAUCCAGAAGCUCUUGCAGGACUUUUUCAAUGGCAGAGAAUUGAACAAGAGCAUCAACCCAGAUGAGGCAGUGGCCUAUGGUGCAGCAGUCCAGGCUGCUAUCCUCAUGGGUGACACCUCAGAGAACGUUCAGGAUCUGCUGCUGCUGGAUGUGGCCCCCCUGUCUCUGGGCAUUGAGACUGCAGGUGGGGUUAUGACAGCUCUGAUCAAACGCAACACCACCAUUCCAACCAAGCAGACCCAAAUCUUCUCUACAUACUCAGAUAACCAGCCAGGUGUACUGAUUCAGGUGUAUGAGGGUGAGAGGGCCAUGACCAAAGACAACAACCUCCUGGGCAAGUUUGAUCUCACAGGUAUCCCUCCUGCUCCCCGAGGUGUCCCACAGGUGGAGGUUACCUUUGAUAUCGAUGCCAAUGGCAUUCUGAAUGUGUCUGCAGUGGACAAAAGCACUGGCAAAGAAAACAAAAUCACAAUCACCAAUGAUAAGGGCCGACUUAGCAAGGAAGAGAUUGAGCGAAUGGUGCAGGACGCCGAGAAAUACAAGGCUGACGAUGAUAUUCAGAGGGAGAAAAUAUCAGCCAAGAACUCACUGGAGUCCUAUGCCUACAACAUGAAGAGCAGUGUUGAGGAUGAGAAUAUGAAAGGAAAGAUUAGUGAGGAUGAUAAAAAGAAGGUCAUUGAAAAGUGCAACCAGGCUAUCUCCUGGCUGGAGGCGAACCAGCUGGCUGAGAAAGAGGAGUAUGAGCACCAGCAGAAGGAAUUAGAGAAAGUGUGCAAUCCGAUUGUGUCCAAGCUGUACCAGGGGGCCCCGACAGGAGGCUGCGGCACUCAGGGAGGGGCUAGCUCUAAGGGCCCCACCAUUGAGGAGGUGGACUAAAAACA